UUAAAAAAAUACUUUUCUCAUUCAGUCCUCCUCUGUGUUCCUAAACAGCUUGCCCGAACCCCCCGUCAGAAGUACGACAAAUCGUCAGUUCUGGAGAGUGCGAGGGAAGAGAAGAGGAACACAAGAGACAUCAUCGCCAUUUUCUCCGAUCCUGCACGACACAGAAGGAAAAUCGUCGCCGCCGCCGCCGAACCUCAGAAGGUUCGAUCAGAUCCGCCACCAUUUCUCUCUCUAGGUUUCGUUUUCUAGGUCUACGUACAAAUACGCCGCCGUAACAUGCGUUUACGCGGCUUCAUUCCGGAUCGGAUCUAGUUCCGGACGAAGAAAACCAAAGAGGGUUUCUUUUUUCGCAUUUUCGAUUCGAUUCGCCUGAAUUAGUGGGGGAAAAAACCCUAGGGUUAUGUGCACGGCUAGGGUUUUCUUUUUGAUGUCUUUGGCGUAGUGUGGGGGAGAGAUCUUGAGCUAGGGGUUUCGUAAAGGCCUCGUCUUUGCCCCUCUAAUCGUUCAUUUUGUUUCCCAAUUUGCAUGAAGAUUUGGUGUUUUCGUUUUUCUACUGUAAAAAAGAAGAAGAGGUUUUGAGCUAGGGUUUCCGCGAAGGCAUCAUCUUUGGGCGUCCAAUCGUUCAUUUUGUUCCCCUAUUUGCAUGAAGAUUUGGUGUUUUCCGUGUUUCGACUGUAAAGAAGAAGCAGAGGAAGAUAUUAGGUUUUCGUAAAGGCCUCGUCUUUGGGCCUCUAUUUGUCAUUUUGUUCUCCAAUUUGCAUGAAGAUGUGUUGUUUUCCAUGUUUCGACUGUAAAGAAGAAGUGGAAGAUAUUAGGUUUAUGUAAAGGCCUCGUCUUUGGGCCUCUAAUUGUCAUUUUGUUCCCCUAUUUGCAUGAAGAUUUGGUGUUUUUCGUGUUUCGAUUGUAAAGAAGAAGAAGAGGAGGAAAUUAGGAGUGGGAGAAGAAUGAGGGAGGAAGAGGCCAAGUCUGAUGAUGAUAGGGAAGAAGAGGAGGAGCCUGAGGGCUCUCUGCUAGGUUUUAAUGAUAAUGGGAACCCUAGAGAGAGAGACGAGGGGGGUGAGCCUGGUUUCACUAUUGAGAAUUUUUUGAGUAUCGAUGACCAGUUUGGUUUGAGUAGAGGUGGCCAGGGUGGCGGGAAUGCGAUGGACGUUAAUCUGAGUUUGGGUUUGGGUGAGGAGCCGUCGUCUUCGUCGGCGGCAUUGGACCACAGCAAUGAUGAAUGUGAUGGUGAUUCGCGCAAUAAACGCCCUAAAGUCGAGUCCUUUGCUCGGGACUGGGAGCGGCGCUUUGCACCUGCAACUUCUUCAGAUGCAAACAUUUAUAAAUACGAAACCACAGAUUACAGUACUAAGGAAUGUGGUUUGAGGAGUGAGACUCUUUACCUCUCUCCCCUUUUUAACUGUGGGGUUGAUCAGAAUCCCUAUAAUUCUAUCAUUGAGAGAGAUGGAGGAGAUGGGUGCGAGAUUUCAGAAACUGAAGAUCUGGAAGUUCAGAUGGAUCUUACUGAUGACUUAUUGCAUAUGGUAUUCUCUUUCUUGAAGAGCAAUGAUCUUUGUCGGACAUCAAUGGUCUGCAGACAGUGGCGGGCAGCUAGUGUUCACGAAGAUUUUUGGAGAUUUUUGGACUUUGAGGAUCGGAACAUAUCUGUGGAGCAAUUUGAGGAUAUGUGUCAUCGUUACCCAAACGCCAUCUCAGUCAAUAUUUAUGGCACUCCUGCUCUUCCUGUGCUUGUUAUGAAAGCUGUUUGUGCUUUAAGGAAUCUUGGGGAUAUUACUUUGGGAAAAGGACAGCUAGGGGAAAACUUUUUCCAAGCACUAACAGAUUGCCAACUGUUAAAGAGUCUAGUUAUCAUUGAUGCUACUCUUGGCAAUGGUAUUCAAGAAAUACCUAUCUACCAUGAUAGGUUGAGACAACUUCAAAUAGUGAAAUGCCGAGUGCUACGGGUUACUGUCAGGUGCCCCCAACUUGAAACCUUGUCCUUGAAGCGCAGUAGUAUGGCUCAUGCUGUGCUAAACUGCCCCCUUUUGCGCGAUCUUGAUAUAGCUUCUUGCCACAAGUUUUCAGAUGCGGCGAUUCGUUCAGCGGCAACAUCAUGCCCACUUUUAGAGUCUUUAGAUAUGUCAAAUUGUUCAUGUGUCACCGAUGAAACACUACGUGAAAUAGCUCUCACUUGUGCUAAUCUCCAUGUUCUUGAUGCUUCAUACUGCCCAAACAUUGCUCUUGAGUCUGUAAGACUGCCCAUGUUGACAGUCCUUAAGCUUCACAGUUGUGAGGGCAUAACUUCAGCUUCGAUGACAGCAGUAUCUCAUAGUUAUAUGUUGGAGGUUUUGGAGCUUGACAAUUGCAGUUCACUGCAAUCAGUGUCUUUGGAUCUUCCACGCCUGCAAAAUAUAAGACUGGUCCAUUGUCGCAAGUCUUCUGAUUUGAAUUUGCAAAGUAUCAAGCUAUCAUCUAUAACAGUUUCAAAUUGCCCUUUACUGCAACGAAUUAACAUCACAUCCAAUUCUCUGCUGAAAUUAGUGCUUCAAAAGCAAGAAAAAUUGAGUACUUUGACAUUGCAGUGCCAGUGUUUGCAAGAAGUGGACCUUGCAGGUUGUGAAUCUCUGACAAAUUCAAUUUGUGAUGUCUUUUGUGAUGGCGGUGCAUGCCCUAUGCUUAAAUCAUUAGUUCUUGAUCACUGCGAGAGCUUGACAGCUGUGGGGUUCCGUAGUACUUCUCUAGUCAGUCUUUCCCUUGCCGGUUGUCGCGCUGUUACGUCCCUUGAACUUAUAUGUCCUUAUCUGGAGAAUGUUUCGUUGGAUGGCUGUGAUCACCUUGAAAGAGCAUCAUUUUGCCCUGUUGGUCUUCAGUCACUCAAUUUGGGAAUAUGUCCCAAGCUUAGUGUACUCCAUAUUGAAGCACCACAAAUGUUGUUGCUCGAGUUGAAAGGAUGUGGUGUAUUGUCGGAGGCAUCUAUUAAUUGCCCUCUCUUAACUUCUUUGGAUGCUUCCUUUUGCAGCCAAUUGAAGGAUGAAUGCUUAUCCGCAACAGCAACUUCAUGUCAGCUUAUUGGUUCACUAAUCUUAAUGUCGUGCCCAUCUGUUGGUCCUGAUGGACUCUCUUCUUUGCACCGGCUUCCACAUUUAACUUCACUCGAUCUAUCGUACACCUUUUUGACAAAUUUGCAGCCUGUUUUCGAGUCCUGUUUGCAGUUAAAGGUUUUGAAAUUGCAAGCAUGCAAAUAUCUCGCUGACUCAUCAUUGGAGCCACUUUACAAAGAAGGUGCUCUCCCAGCCCUUUGUGAAUUGGAAUUGUCAUAUGGAACCCUUUGCCAGUCUGCCAUCGAGGAGCUUCUGGCCUACUGCACUCGUCUGACUCAUGUGAGCUUGAAUGGAUAUGCGAAUAUGCACGACCUGAACUGGGGCUGUAGUAGCAAUCAACUUUCUGAGCUGCCUAGCAGUGAUGGUUCAGUUGACUUCUAUUCCCAAGAUCAGGUCAUCCCUUUUCCAGUUGAGCAGCCCAACCGUUUGCUGCAAAACCUCAAUUGUGUUUGCUGUCCCAACAUUAAGAAAGUUGUUAUUCCCCAAGUAGCUCGGUGCUUCCAUUUGUCAUCACUAAAUCUUUCCCUGUCUGCCAACUUAAGAGAAGUUGACAUCGCCUGUGUCAAUUUAUGCUUCCUUAAUCUGAGCAAUUGUAACUCAUUGGAGAUUUUAAAACUCAAGUGUCCGAGAUUGUCUAGCCUAUUUCUCCAGUCAUGCAACAUUGAUGAAGAAACACUUGAAGCUGCUAUAUCUCAAUGUAACAUGCUGGAGACCCUCGAUGUUCGUUACUGUCCAAAGAUAUGCACAGUAAGCAUGGGGAGGUUACGGGCCGCAUGCCCCAGCUUGAAGCGCAUCUUUAGCAGCCUCUCACCCCAUGAUGGACAGUGACGUUGGAGUGCUUAUUUAUUUGUUUUCCGUCCACGGUAAGAGACAACUGCCGUGUGCUCUUUAUGUAAUGUAAAUGUGUAGUCUCCCUAUUGUUUGGUGUUCUUGUUGACGUACCCUGUACUUCUAUGAUAUUGUGACCUAAUGUUAGUGGGUACAAUAAGUUUUCUCGACUUUCUUUGUAAAUUAGAUUGUUUUUUGUUUCGCAUUGGCUCAAGAUUCUAGAGUUAAAGAGGAAUUGGUUCUCAUGAGGUUGUAUGUAUCAGACCGGAAAGUUUAUACUUUCUAACAUCUUCUCCCCUCCUAUGUGCUAAAGAAAACGUAAUUGACAUUUAGCAGAAAUGUUGGUGAA